ACAUGCGCACUUCAUUAAUCUUUCCAUUUCGCAGACUUUUUAAAACGUGAUGGUAAACUUUUUGUAGUUUUUACUUCAUAAUUUUAAUAAACAGAAAAAAAAUGUCAGGCGAUUCUGCAUCGGCAGCUAAAAUUCAGAAACUCUCUGCUCCAGAAGAUGAAAGCGACAAACUCGAUUCCUCUACUGGGGACUUUGACAAGGAAACACAAACCGCUCUUGAAGAUAUUGAUGCCUGCCAAACAGAAAUUGAUGCCUUGAAUGAAAAAGCCAGUGAAGAAAUUUUACAAGUGGAGCAAAAAUACAACAAAUUACGGAAGCCACACUUUGAAGCUAGAAAUAAAUUGAUUCAGAAAAUACCCAAUUUCUGGAUGACGGCUUUUAUAAAUCAUCCUCAGAUAUCUGUUAUAUUAAACAAAGAAGAUGAAGAAUGUCUACAGUUUUUAGAAAAGGUUGAAGUGGAAGAGUUUGAAGACAUCAAAUCAGGAUAUAACAUAAAUUUUCAUUUUGCCUCCAAUCCUUAUUUUUCAAAUGACCUUCUUACAAAAGAAUUUCAUCUGGGUUCAUCAGGUGAUCCUGUAUCAACGUCUACUGAGAUAAAAUGGAAGGAUGGGAUGGAUUUAGUUAAGAAAGCAAAAAAGAAUCAAACAAAUGGAAAUCGUAAACGAAGAUAUGGGGUAGCUGGUAGUUUCUUUACUUGGUUUACAGACAACACUGAUCCAUCUAUAGAUGAAAUAGCCGAGGUAUUAAAAGAUGAUAUGUGGCCAAACCCAUUACAAUACUUUUUGGCUCCCGAUAUUGAAGUAGGAGAAAAUGGAGUGAGUGAUGAAGAUGAUGAUGAGGAUGAUGAAGAUGAUGAUGAUGAACACGAUGAAUCAGUUGUGGUUGUUGAAGAUGAGGAUGAUGAUGAGGAACCCUAUGAUGUUGAUGAUGAUGAAGAUGAUGACGAUGAUGAAUUAGAUGAAUCAUCAGAUAAAGUAGAAGUAAUAGAAGAAGAUGAGGAAGGUGAUGAAGAAGAAGAUGAAGCAGCAGCAAGGAAAUUAGAUGAAGAAGCUGAGGCAGUAGAUGAGAAAUAGUCCUGUCCCAGUCCAUCAUCUUCACUUGUUAUUGUUACACAUCAUUUUAUCUACAUAUUGUACAUAGACAACCACAAGACAUACACCAAUACACAGUUAUACAACACCAUUAUAUAUACAUGGCUAAUAUAAAACAGCAACUCUCUCUCUCUCUUAAGAAUUUUAAAACCAAGCAUUUUUACCAACGACAAGUUUACAGCAUCCAGAUCUAUAAUUAGUUCUAGAAAUUUAAAUAUUUCAUAUUUUUAGGAACUAAAACCUCUUUUUAAAAAUUUUGCAAACCAAGAAUUUUUACGUACAGCAUCCAAAUCUUUAAUUGAUUCUAGAAAUUUAGAUAUUUCAUAAAACCUCUUUUUAAGAAUUUUGCAAACCAAACGAUAUGUUUACAGCAUCCAGAUCUAUAAAUGAUUCAAGAAUUAUAAAUAUUUCAUAUUUUUAGGAACUAAAACCUCUUUUUAAAAAUUUUGCAAAAGAACCUUUUUUACGUAUGAUACGUUUACAGCAUCCAGAGCUAUAAUUGAUUCAAGAAAAUUUACUAUUUCAUAUUUUUAGGAACCAAAAGCUAUUUUAGAAAAAAAAAGACAACAUAUUGGAUGUAACUGCAUUUAAAUUUAUGCCAUACAGAUUGAAUGACGUGUCAAAUACAUGAGAAACAUGCAAAGAGACAAAGUCUAUUAUUUCAAAUACCAUAGCUUCAACAAAUAGAAUACCUCAAGAUUUUUAUAUGAUCGAUGAGGAACAAACAUUUACAUCAUUAAUUAUAAAAAAACUCAUUUAAUGUGCUAGAUAAGAUAGGUUUAAGCUUAGAUUUUGUUGUUGUGUUUUUUAUUUGAAGUGGUAUUUAAAAUGUUUCAAGGAUUUGUGUGUGAAAAAAUAAAUUACUUUUGGGAAUACCCCUGAAAGUUUGAGUUAGGAAGAGUUGCAUAAAUUCUAUUUUCUUAUAUCACAAAAUUGAUCAAUUAUCAUAUUUUAAAAAGUGCUGACAUAUACAUUUAUUGAAUUGUAAUCCAUCAAAUUAUUGUUUAUUCUUUCCAAGGGUGUUGUUGAUGUAUUUUUUAAAAACAUUGCUAGUUUGUUACUAUAAUUAUUGGAUUGAGUUAGAAUAGUCCAUGAUUUUAUAGUUUUGUUUAGUUCUUUAAUAAAGCCACUAAUCUUCAUGCGAGGGAUUUUGAAUCCCUUGCAAAUUACAAUAUUGUGAAAAUGGAUCUCUAUGUGACCAGUGACAGCAAAAUCAGUCGGAAGUCGCAUUCAUUCAUUUUGCGCUAUAGGCUAUAUGUACUGCAGUCAGUAGUGAAAUUAAUGAUUUUCAGUUAUCAUCAAACAACCGUUUGAAAUCGUUUCUUUCAAAAUUCUAUAUCUUUUUUAAUUAUUUGAAAUCUAAAUGCCUCAAAAAUUGAUUUUGAUAAGGAAUGUUGAAUGAUACAUGAUCAAGAUUCUCCCUAAAACAAUCGAAAGUAGUGGUUUAUUUCACAUCAAAUAAUUUUACAACCAAUAGUCCGAAAAGCAAUUUUUCUUGCAUUAUAAAGCCUACAGUUGUGGCCUUCAGGAAAUGUAUAAAUAUCAGUCCAAAAUUGCAUUUUAAAGCCUACAGUUGUGGCUUUGAGGAAAUGUAUGGAACUUGAUUUUGGUGAAGUGACCGAAGUAACUGAUUUUGCUGGCACCGGUCACAUAUAAAUAUCAGUCAAAAAAUGGUUGGCAACUAUUGAUAUUUAAUUGAAUGUGUAAUAAUCAAUUUGAGUACAGUUUAUCAUGGAUUAAGCCAGAUAUUGUCCCAAAAAUACAAAUAACGAUCAGAAGCUUUAAUCGGGACAUUGGACCAAAAUAUAUUCUAUAUUCUAUUGGUUUAUAUUUGCAUAUUGUAAGAAAAAUUUAUCUUGAUUAUUGGUCUCAAUUGCCCCCGUCUGGUCCCAGUUUUACAAGCAUUCUUAGACUUAAGUUAAGAAUUUACUCAACUUUCAAUCACUGUCUAUGAGAAAUAUCUAUGAUCCAGAAACACAAAAAAUUUGGAGAUAGUUUCUUAUUGAUGUAUUUGAUACAUUAACUUAAAUCUGAGAAUGCUUUGUGAAACCGGGUCUAGGGUGUUUCUGCUUGGACUAUGACCAAUAUUAAUCUGGACGAAAAUAGCACCAAAUUCGUAUAUAAAAAUAUUCUUGUAUGUCUUAUGAUUAAUUCACCCCUUGUGUGAAUUUUAUAGAUGAACUGCUAAACAGAUGAUAACCAUAUACAUAUUUAUGUUUUUUUAUCAUGGCAAAUAUUCGUUGUAGUCAUUGAGGAGACAUUUUAGACUGGCUGGGGUAAUGAUCUCAAUUUGGUAUGUACUUUAUAAGGUAGGAUUCAUUUUGUAAAUAUGUACCAGAUAUUAACUAAUUAAUUCAGACUAAUGAAGUUUUAGGGAUCCCAUGAUUUAUUGUUUGUAUCAUACAUGAAAUUUAAGGACAUCAGUUGAUUUAUGUUAAAUUAUCAUCAUGGGCUAUUUAUGCUCAUUUAUUGUUUAUACAUACAGGGGUACAAUAUAUAGGGCAUACAUAUAAAUUUAAACAGAAACUAUUGAAGUGUUUAAUCUACAGGGGUGUCGGAUAGCCAAAUGGUUAGUGCGUGCGCGCAGUGUCAUAAGGUCUGUCAUUCAGUCAACUGUCGUGGUUUCGGUUCCCUGGUUGUACGUGACAAGGAGUAGGGUCGCCUGUCCAACCUCGUGGGGUUUCUCCGGGUCCUCCGGUUUCCUCCCAUUGCUAAAGACCCCUACGCGCAAGCGAAUUAUGGAAAUAAAAUUGAACCAUAUAUUAGUCCCGAAAUGACCUGUUUUGUGUCGAGUGGAUGUUAAACCCCAUUUCUCUCUCUCUUGUUUUAUCUACAAAGGUCCUUGCAUGAAUUGUAUAUGCAAACAGCCAGAUACUAUGUGCUGUUUUGUUCUGACCAAAUAUUCAUGUACAGUACAGUACUCAUGUACAGUAAAAUAAACAGAGUCUGUACGAACAUAGAUAUACAAACCCAGGUAUGUCAGUAGUAACAAUAGUCAUCCAGUAAAUAGUCAUUAUGUCUUUGCUGAUGAAGUUCUAUCAGAAUCUAGGUUGUUUUUUGUAUGGUUCAAGUGGUAAACUCUCUGGCUACAUGUUAUUCGAACUACACAAACUCUAUGGGGGUAAAAGCACGAAUAGAUUAUUCUUUUUAAAUUAUUGGUAUACAGUUUAAUAAGUUUGUCUUUGCCAUACCUGGUUUAAGCGCUGCUGCAUUCUCCUCUGUUGUUUUUAUUCCUUCUAGGAAGUUCGUUUACCGAAAUCAAUCGAUCAUGGCUGCAACUUGACUUGUCACAGGAAUCAAUCGAUCAUGUCCGUAACUUGACUUGCCACGGGAAUCAAUUGAUCUUGACCGUAACUUGACUUGUCACAGGAAUCAAUCGAUCAUGACCGUAACUUGACUUGUCACAGGAAUCAGUCGAUCAUGUCCGUAACUUGACUUGUCACGGAAAUCAAUCGAUCUUGACCUCAACUUGACUUGUCACAGGAAUCAAUCGAUCAUGUCCGUAACUUGACUUGUCACAGAAAUCAAUCGAUCAUGUCUGUAACUUGACUUGUCACGGGAAUCAAUCGAUCAUGUCUGUAACUUGACUUGUCACGGGAAUCAAUCGAUCUUGACCGCAACUUGACUUGUCACUAGAAUCAGUCGAUCAUGACCUGAGCUUGACUGGAAUCACCUGUUAUUACACUAACUUGAGAGAAAACUCAGAAAUUUUGUAGGCGUAGUCGAACUUGUUUCAGAAAUAAAAUUGGUAUAGUUUUAAUAAUUUCGGAAAAGCGCUUUUCAUGUGUUUUUCUGUCAUUUAGCAGAAUUGUAUAAUAUGGUAGAUAUAACAUUUAUGUAUUAUUUGCUUUUAAUGAAAUAGAAUUGUAAUUUGAAUGGUUGGGUUAACUGUAAAAAAUGCAGUGUUCUAAUGUUAUUAUAUUUAAUAGUGUGGAUAUUUUACUUCUUUUUUUUUUUUCAUUGUCUUCUUUAUGAUGAAUCAGUUAUUAUGUACCAUAAAACAAAUCAAAGAAAUUGUACAUGUUUACAGGUGUUUUGACUAUUUUUCAAUUCUUGAGAUGGCAGCGUUUCAAGAAAUUAUUGGGAGAUGCCAAUUGUAGACCGGUUGGGGAAGUUUAGGUAUUUACGGAGUCCAAAAUGGCCGCUUUAUAUAAAUGAGUAUUUUGGGGAAUACUAACCCGAACCCUUUUAAGAAGAGUAAAAGAUAAAUUGGAUCCAAGUUUAGUCUUCUAAAAAGGGUUAGGCCUAAUAUUCCCCCAAAUUAUCAUUUAUAUAAUAAAGCGGCCGAACCUCCCCAACUGGCCUACAAUUAGCAUCUCACGAGAUUAUUAGUUUUAGGCCUUUAGGCUAUGGUGCUAAAAGCUUCUAGUUGUUUUGAUGGGGCGGAAGAUUGACACCCACCUUUAUACUUGUCUGAUAAAGAAUAAACAGAAACGCCACUGCUCGGACAAAAUGUCCGUCAUAUAGCACACGGCAUGUCCAUCUUCAUUAGCCCAGUUGGUGCAGAAAGUUUGGACAUUUCAUAUCUCAUUAAGGCCUAAAAACACCCAACAAGAAAUCAGACAAAAGUAUUUAAAAAUUAGAAUGAAAAUAUAUGGAGGCACACAUUAUCUGUUCUACAUUGCAUAUUAAUGAAAUGAUUCACUUCUAUUAAAACAUUUGUCAUUUAAGCUGCUUUUAUGAAAACAUCAUUUAUGAAAUUGUUCUUGUAAAUAAAUCUUAUGUGUGCUAAAGAAAAUAAUAAAAAAAAUAUUAAAAUUCAA